GCAAGGUGAUGACUGAUGCGAGCCCGUCGAUCGGAUGACCAUUGGGCCCGGCACGGUCCCGAGCGCGCGUUCCUUUUUCUUUCUCCUCCGCUGCCUUCCAUUUUCCUUGUCCGCUCCACUCUCGGCCUCCCUUUCCUAGCGGCGAGCCGGCGACGACAGGUCGAGCGGCCGCCCUUGGCCAGUUCUUCGUCGGGCGCUUCGCCGGUGACGAGCAUCCGACAGUUGGAGAUGAAUGCAUCUAGAAAAUCCAGUCAUGUCACCACCAAGGACAAUGCAGAAACAGCGAGGGACAUCAUCUCCACGUCCAGCCAAAUCCAAUCCAUGAAGGUCCCGGACGCCGUCGCUGCGAUUGCUCAGGCUGCUGCAAAGGCAAAUGGUGAGACUGAAAAAUAUCUUCCAGGGUGGCCGUUGUUCUCACCUCCGAAGGUGCAGUUGGACAAGUGUACCAAGUGUUCAAGAGAAUUCUGUUCUUCAAUCAACUUUCGGCGGCAUACACGUGUUCAUCGCCGAACCCUGAAAGUAGACAAGGAUUUUCCCAAGAAUAGAGACCAUCUCGCCGCAUUCUGGAAUAAACUGACUGUGGAUGAUGCCAGCACAAUUUUGUCUUUGUCCGAUGUUGUUGUGGAGGGUGUCACUGGUUCAUCAAUUUUAACAGCACUAUCAUCAUGGAUGUGUAAGCCAGGGUACGCCUCGUUGCCAAUGGCAUAUGCAAGAGCUGGCAGUGAGCUUCUGGAUUUGAUUCAAACAAAGGUUUCAAUGCAGCUGCCUGUAUCAUCGAAUGAACUAUUUAGUGUUCUCGAUGAAGCAAGUGAGAAAACAUUUCUUUGCACAAACACGGCUGCUUGUAUACAAAAGUUUUUGUUUGAUGGAGAGGCAGACAAAAUUGCAACUGAGUUGAAAAAUGUUGUUGCAUGCGCUAGUUACAUGCUCGAACAAAAGCUGGUUGAAGCAUGGUGUGCUGAGAAGGCUGCUGAAGCAUUAAGAUGCCAGAAGUUGCUGGUGGAGGAAGAGGAAGCUGCUCAGAAAAGGCAAGCCGAACUGAUGGAAAGGAAGCGGAUGAAGAAACUUAGGCAGAAAGAACAGAGGUUAAAAGACCUCAAGGACCAUGAUGUGGCAAUUCAGUUACCCAAAAUCAUGGAUGACGCAACAUGUUAUCCUGGCAUUCAAAGUUUCAAGGCUAUUUCAGAUCCAGACCUUCAUGAGCAAGAAGGGUCACAAUAUAUUCAAUUUCCACCACCAGUUACUUCAGAAACUGACAAUGGUUUUAAUGCGAACCUAUUGGUAGAAGAUGUCAGCUGUGAUUCAGGGCCUGUAAUGGAUAAAGGUGCUGUGUUACGGCCACAAGUUAUUUCAAGGCAUCAUUUAGGAAGAACAGAGAAGCUUGCUGAAAAUAGCAUUAUAUCUGGUUCCGCAGUUGCUUCAAAGCAACUUGCUUUAGCGAGGUCUUCAAAUUACAGGGAUCCAAAUGUCUGUUCCUCGCCAAAUAGAAACAAAACUUGGGCACGGAAAGUGCAAGCUGAGAUUGAGAAACAGUGUCCAAAACAUGGGUUAGAUGUAGAUGAUGAACACAACAUGGCUCCUAGCAAAAACUCUCGUGUGCUAAUAGGAUCUAUAAGUGUUGCGAUUGAAGAUGGUAGUGAACACUUGAAGGACUUCCGUUCCAAGGAUGACCCAGUCACUCCCAGCACAAAGACUGUGAAACAUGCAUCAGUCAAGAUGAUGCGACCGGUUACGCAUGUGGAAAACAAAAAUGAAGGUAUUCCUCAUAGUGAUGGAAAUAGUGUGCCAGCUGAAGAGAAGCAUUCUUGCUUCAGUGGUAUCACAGAUGAAAAGAGUUAUUCAACCUGCCGCAGUGCAGAUUUGGCAGAGGGUGAACAUUUACGACGAACUGUAUUUUCCAGUAAAGAAGCUACAGCCUUCCUUUCUCAAAGGUGGAAAGAAGCAAUUGCAGCUGAUCAUGUGAAACUUGUUUUGUGUCAUGACAAAAGCACAGAUCCAUAUAGCCCUGGCACCUGGCUGUUUGCUUCAGAACAGAUAAGAUUGACUGAUUUGCUGGCGGGCAGGCCGGCAGGCAGGCCGGCAGACCCUUGGCAUUGCAGAGCGCCAGAGCGAGAGAGAGGGGGAAGACUGGGGAAGAUGAUGACGUCGUGGCUGCUGAGCCGCCGGGGCCCUUCCGGCUUCUGCUGGAGCUCCACCGCCGACCAGGUCACCGAGGGCAUCUCCGCCGCCGGCCUCACCGCCGUCGUCACCGGGGCGUCCAGCGGCAUCGGCGCGGAGACGGCGCGGACGCUGGCGCUGCGCGGGGCCCACGUCGUCAUGGCCGUCAGGAGCGUCCCCGCCGCCCAGGCCGUCAGGGACCGCGUCCUCGCCGAGGCGCCCGGGGCCAGGCUCGACGUCAUGGAGCUCGACCUCUCGUCCACGGCCUCCGUCCGCGCCUUCGCGUCCGAAUUCGUCUCCAGGGGGCUCCCCCUCAACAUCCUCGUCAACAAUGCAGGAGUAAUGGCAAUACCUUUUGCACUUUCAAAGGACGGAAUUGAGAUGCAGUUUGCAACUAACCAUGUUGGUCAUUUCCUGCUGACACACCUUCUGUUGGAUACUAUGAAGAAGACCUCCCAUGAAUCAAAUGUGGAAGGAAGAAUUGUCAACGUUUCAUCAGAGGGGCACAGAUUUACAUAUGGGGAAGGCAUCCGCUUUGAUAAGAUUAAUGAUGAAUCAGUGUAUAGCAGCAUUGGAGCAUAUGGGCAGUCAAAGCUUGCAAACAUCUUGCACGCUAAUGAACUUGCCAGGCGAUUCAAGGAAGAGGAUGUCAACAUAACUGCAAAUUCUCUUCAUCCUGGCUCCAUUGUCACGAAUCUUCUUCGCUAUCACAGUAUCCUAGAUGUUCUCCAUCGGACUCUUGGGAAAUUGGUGCUGAAAAAUGCUCAGCAGGGGGCGGCAACCACAUGCUAUGUGGCCCUCCAUCCACAGGUGAAGGGCGUGUCCGGGAAGUACUUCUGCGACAGCAACCUGUAUGAGCCGAGCGAGAAAGCCAAGGACAUGGCGCUGGCCAAGAGGCUCUGGGAUUUCAGCAUCGAGCUUAUCACCUAGCUAGCUGAUGCAUCGUCACCGGGCUUCCCCUUGUUGUGGGACAUGGACACAAUGUAAAGAACUAAAUGGCACCUCCCUUUACGGUUGGUGAAUUCCACGACUACGUAUCCUUGACUCUGGUGGAUGCAUUGUAAAUUCCUUGACGGAAUGGUAAAUUCCAUUGGCCAGCAUGGAGCUCGGUGUGGAUCAGCAAACAUGUACUCUGUUUUAUCACACGCUCAACAUUUGGUUGGUUGCCUUUCAUUGCUUCCAAUGGUUCGAGAUGCAUACUAGCAGAAUA